UUCUGUUGGAAGAUGGUGAAAUUACCUGAAAUAUUUUUUCGGCAUUAACCGACCGUUAUCGUAAACCAGUAAAAAUGGCUGCUCCCAUGGAGGACAACGAGGAAUUGGUGCAAGAGGAUUAUUAUGCUUGGCUAAACGUCGAUAGAAAGGCUACCCUUGAAGAAAUAAACAAUGCUUUCCGACGGCUCAGCAAAAUAUACCACCCUGAUAAACACCAUGGGGAUUCAGAGAAAAAAAAAGCUGAAAUCAUGUUUUCUAAGAUCAAGAAAGCCCAUGAAGUUCUGUCAGACAAACACACAAGAACAAUAUACGAUAUAUACGGCGAAAAGGGACUGGAAUGCGGAAUGGAGCUUGUUUCAAAAACUAAAUCACCUGCCGAGAUAAUUGCAGAAUAUGAACGAAUACAACGAGAAAGAGAGGAACGAAGAUUACAACAAAGAACCAAUCCUCGGGGCACCAUCACGAUUGGUAUUGAUGCCACAGAUGUUUUUGAUCAUUAUGACUUAGAUCCAGAAAAUGAGUCAUUCAUUCCGUACUUUGAAGUGAGCAGCAUGAACUUGAGCCAGUCAGUAGAGGCACCACUGACCCUCAAUGAUACGGUCACAUUUGGAGGUAACAUCGAAGCACAGAAUGGAAAUGGUAAUGGAAACAUGUUGAUGGUUUGGAAGCGGUUAUUAUCAGACAAAUCAUGGGCAGAGCUUGAAAUGAGCAGUGGAAAUGGAUUUGGGUGCAGUUUAAAAGGGUUUCGUCGUCUGACAAACACAAUGUAUGGUACCAUUGGCACUGGUCUUUCAAUGACAUCUAGGGGUUUACGGCCUGGUUUCUCUUCAAUGAUUGUAUCACAGUUUGGCAAUGUCCAAGGACGACUGGUCUGGUCAGCUGGAAUGACGACAGCAAUGAGUACCAUCAUAGUUUAUGAUUCAUUAAAACGACAUGCAGUAUUUACGGUUCAGAUUGGAAUUCCAAAUAGUUUUGUUUCAUUAAGUUACACACACAAAUUUCAAGACGAUGAUGCUCGUGUGCGAGGUGCAGUAAGAGUUGGUGUAUUUAGUACAAUCUUAGAAUGUGGUGUCGAGAAAAAGAUCACCGAAUACAGUACAUUAGGAGCAACAAUGUUGGUGGGUGUCCCAACAGGAGUAACUCUUCGAAUAAAAUUAAGUCGUGGCCGCCAGACGUUUCUCUUCCCCAUCCACCUCUCCGACCAUUUAAUGCCCAGCGCCAUCUUUUAUGGAACUGCUGUCCCCUUUAUGUUAUACCAUGCUGUGAAAAUUCUCAUCAUCAAACCAUAUCUACAGGAGCAGAAGAAAAGAGAUAUUGAGAAGAAACAAGAAGAGAACAGUGACAUUAUCCACAAGAAGAAGAUGGAAGCUGAAGCUGCGAUCCAUUUGAUGCAAGAAACAGUUCAAAGAGUAAUAAAGGAAGAGGAUGAGAAAUCUGGUCUGCUGAUUGUGAAAGCUCUUUAUGGGCAACUGUCGGAAAAGUCGCAAGAUGGGUUUGUUGAUGGUAAAUACAUCGAUGUCGCUGUGCCACUUCAGUGCCUUAUCAAGAAUUCUUCGUUAUUAAUUCCUGAAAAGAAUAGCAAGACUGGAAUCUUAGGGUUCUAUGAUCCCUGUUUAGGAGAAGAAAAGAGUUUAUAUAUCCGAUAUAAAUUCCGAAAUAAACUCCACCACGUAACUUUAGGCGAUUGUGAACCUCUGAAAAUACCUCUAAAAAAACACAUUAUCAAAGAUAACGAUGUUAAUGGCAAAAGUGGGAAAUCUUGACAGUAAUGGCCCUCUAGAAAGAAUGGAUUGGUUGUUUUGUUUUUUUUUUAUAUGUAUAUAUAUAUAUUUUGGUUUUAGUAAUGUUUUUUUUUCCCUCCGUCUCCAUAAAAAACUGAUCUCAAGUUUGGAAGUAGGGGACAUCAACAUUGCUUUAGAACUUUAAUAAUGUUGCCGAGAAACAAAUAUCUGGCUUCUGCAACACCAACAGCAACAACAACAACAAUCAACAGUGUUCUGGAGUUGUUCACUUCACCCUGAUCGUAGCCCGGAAUCUUUUCCCACCCACCCUCACCUCCCUCCAAUUUUUUUUUUUUUUUUAUUCUCUGAGAUUGACUCAAGGUGAAAGGAAUACCAAUGACCCCCACCAGAUGACCCCCUGAUAGUAUCAACAGACAAUCCUUAACAAAAUGGAUACUGCUGCUGCCCCUCCAUUUCUACUGCUGAGCUGGUGGCUGGUCAGUCACACUCGGGGUUUAUUUUCACUGCAUAGAAUAAACUCAGUUUUCGGUCACUUUACCAGCGCAGCCCCUAACAUAAGCCCUGGCAAACCUUCCAGACCAUUCCAUUACCUCCUCCUUCACCUCACACUCCAUAAUUUAAUCUUAGACCAAAAAAAAUAACAAUAGACUGGAAAAAAAAAUGAU